GCCAGACUGACUCACCGGUGUGUUAAUUGGCCGCGCCAUCUGGCAUCACUCGGGCCCCCCCAUCAAGGCGUUCAAGACCGCUCACUCACUGAGGAGUGUACGGCUUACUAACCUGCAGACAGACAACAAACACACCGAGACAUCCACACAGGUUGGGCCGUGUCUGUCUGUCUCAGUCGCGUGCGCCCAUGCGUAGGCACUUACCCAGACGAGAAGGGCCCUUAGCCGACGGCCUGUGGUGGCCGGAGAAGGCAGGAUGGCGUCAUUGUGUCUGUCGAUGGCCACGGUGCCGUGUUUGAAGAUCUCGUAGCCCAUCGAUGGGGGCAAGGGGUUCUGCCUCUUGCCCGCUCUCGCGAGGGGCGCGGUAGGUCUGCACUGAUGCAGCCGGUCGGCUGCGAAUGGUGCGGCUGGGGAGGGGAGGUAGGUCGGCUGCUGAGUGUCUCGCUCGUAGUAGAGCUGGCCUUAGUGUGUGGGCUGCUGUGGCCGACGGGUCUGCCGGAUGGCCUCGCCCGUCAAGCGCCGAGUGACCAACGGGUCUGCCGGAUGGCCUCGCCCGUCAAGCGCCGAGUGAUCAACGGGUCUGCCGGAUGGCCUCGCCCGUCGGUUGCCGAGUGAGAAGGAGGUUGGUCUUGAGGUCCUUGAUGCCGUGGAUCUCCCCAAGCAGCCUGAGGAUGGCUGACACCCGCGGGUUGCGGCGGCCGAAGUCUUGCUCUCCUUGCACGCCUCCAGGAUCUUGCACGCAAGCAGCAGCAGCAGGAUCGUCAGAGUGCCGGUCUCGUGGGCGUGCACCAGCAUCUCCCUGACGCUCAUGUCCUUGGCCGCGCCAAUAUGGUGUGGCUGCGCGCUAUGGUCAGCUGGCCCACGAAGGCACCCAGGUUCUUUCAAGAGCGACUGGCGGUAGGCGAAGGUCUCGUCGCCGGCGGCGUCGACGAAGCUGAGCAUGGACGAGAUGACUCUGUGUGUGGAAGAUGACCCGAUCCAUGAGCUUCGGGUGGGCCUGGUAGCCGUCGCCGCCCGUGGUGAGCUUGUCGCAGGGCGUGCAGGUGGGUCUCCUUGGAGGCGCGCUUGCUGACGAUGUAGAAGUCCAGCAGUGGGUACUGUACAGAUCGUCGGUGAUUACAGCAGAGGCAAAACGCGCCUGAGAUAUCUGCGAUCGAUCGAUCGACCGACACACAGAGAUCUCGAUGGAUGCCUUCCUUCUCCAUUCAUUUGUGUGUGUGUUGUGGGGCCAGCCACUGUCUGUCUGUGUGAUCUACCUUCUGCUCGACAUUGGCUAUGGUGACGGUGUUGAAUAUCUGCACGAACUGGUCGCUGAUGGGCGGUGGGGGCCCGAUGAUCUCCCGCAUCAACUCCUGCUCAUGCAUCAGCAUCUCCACGUUGCCAAGACCGGACCCUCCCAU